UGGGCUUGAUUAUGCUUUUCCUUCGUCUCGUCUAGCCUUUUGUUCCUUGCGCUUAAACCCGGCCACCCACCUCGCCUACCUACUCCGUAUUCCACAUUGGCGCACCAACAAGCAAGCAGGUGGCUGUCAUAGCUGCGCAACACCUAAUCAUCGAGCGUCUUCUCCUCGUCAUCCUUCUGUCCUCGUUGCAAAGCAAUUGAAGAUAUAGGAGAGGCUGUCGCCUCGCAGAGAUCCAUCCUACGCCGGCCACACGGUCCAACCGCACGGUCCAACCACACACACACACACGCACACACCACACCACGCCAUGCGCCCUCCGCUCAUCGCUUCUGCGCUCUUAUGCGCUAGAAGUGUCGCCUCUCUCACUACCGUUGGAGCAGCUGGUAGCGGCUCACCCCCAGGACCCCAACCAGGGCAGACGAUCUUCGAAACAGGUGUCACGUGUCGAUUGAAACCCGGCCAACUGGGGCCGGGGCUUUCUCCUUGUUCGCCGAUGACCGACCUCGACGAUGCGAUGGGCCUGCCCCUGGAACUCUCAGGCGAACCACCUGCGAUCUUCGCUGAGAUGUACAAUCUCGACGCCGCGGCGACGUAUCUAGAGCUCGGCUCCAAUGUCGUCCCUUUCUUGGCCUUUUACGAAAAUGCAGCUAUUUGCAACGUCUUUGCCUUGGAUGCGGUCGAGGCGGAAGCCAUUCCUACCGCGAAUUACUGUAAUCAGACGCAGCUGGAUGACUGCGUCAAAGUCACCCUCGUUUGCGGCAAGCCAGAUACCUCCUUGGCACCUCCGCACCCGCACCCGCACCCGCACCCGCACCCGCAUCCCCAGGUCAUAGCGGACCCGGUCGCACGGCGCCCCCGCGAGACCUUGGCACCGGCGAUUCAGCUGGUCGCAGCACCGGACGCGAAAGCUCGGGGGCCAGGCAGCUUCUCUCAUCGCGCGGUGCUCGUCGGCAACUCUUCGCCCGACGCCGAACUCCAGGCGGAAAUCGAAGAUCUCCUUCACGAUCAGGAACCCAGCAGCGUCCCACUCGCAGCUUCGAGGCCUGUGAAGCGUACGAGUACCGUCCGCGUUGCAGAAAACAAGACGGCGACACAUCCGAGCAAGAAGCCUUCCGGGGCUUGGCCGUCCGCUUCUGGGAGGAAGCACAUCGCUUGCAUGGCUGGCGGGUUGGGCGUCGUUCUCCUCAUCUUUGUCAUCUGGUUGUGAAUGUCCAGUCCGUGUCAGGCGAAGGGGACGAGAUUGCUUAGAGCACCUCCUUUUUUUUCUCUCUCUUCAUUUCAUGUUCUCUCCUUCAUUUUGAUACCCCUUGUGUUCGUUCUUGUCUUGAUUGAGAAU